AUGUCGUCAGACGAAAUCGUUUGGCAGGUUAUUAACCAACAAUUCUGCUCUUUCAAGCUCAAGACUACGAAGGAUCAAACUUUUUGUCGCAACGAAUACAAUGUUACUGGUCUCUGUAAUCGACAAUCAUGUCCUCUCGCAAACUCCCGAUAUGCUACUAUUCGCGCAAAUCCUCAAACCGGUACACUUUACCUUUACAUGAAAACAAUUGAAAGAGCACACAUGCCAUCGAAAUUAUGGGAGCGCGUAAAGCUAUCUUCCAACUAUGCCAAUGCAUUGGUACAAAUCGACGAUAAAUUGAAGUACUGGCCCAACUUCCUCAUUCACAAGUGCAAGCAGAGACUCACAAGAUUGACGCAAGUCGGUGUUCGCAUGAGAAGAUUGGCCAAAGAGGAAGAUAGAUUGGGCGAAAAACUUGUUCCAAAAAUGGCGCCUAAGGUUAGAAGAAGAGAAGAAACCAGAGAAAGAAAGGCAAUGGCAGCUGCUAAGGUUGAGAGAGCGAUUGAAAGAGAAUUGAUUGAAAGAUUGAGGAGUGGUGCUUAUGGUGAUCAACCAUUGAACGUCAGCGAAUCUAUUUGGAAGAAGGUUUUGAAAGGUCUGGAGAGACAAGGAGAAGGAACUAGAGAUGAGGAUAUGGAUGAAGGGAUCGAAGAGGAUGAGUUUGAGGAAGAAGGAGAAUAUGAAGAUGAAGAGGGCGUUGGCGACGUAGAGUACGUUAGUGACUUGGGAGAAGAUGAAGAGGAUUUGGAAGAUAUCGAGGAUUGGCUUGGAAGUGAUGAGGAGGAAGCUACUGGUGAAGAAGAUAGCGAAGAUAGUGAGAGUGACAGCAGCGAGGAUGAUAAGGCUAAGAAGAAUGCUACUGGCGCAAAGAGAAAGAGAGCACCAAUUUCCAAAACCAAGCCAAAGAAGAGAAUCUCGAAGAUGGAAGUCGAAUACGAACAAGAGCUCGAAGGACCACAACGAGAAUUGGCUUUCUAA